AUGGGUAAGGUAUUUUAGUUUUAUGAAGGAAAGACCGUUUUAUUGACUGGUAUAACUGGCUUUUUAGGAAAGGUCAUUUUCGAAAAGUUUCUCAGAACCCUUCCUAUGGUCAAGAGAAUUUACGUGUUGAUUAGAAGCAAGAAAGGUAGUCCCGUUGAAGAGAGAUUCAAAAAAGUUAUCCAUGAUUCUGAAAUAUUCGAAAGAUUGAGAUAAGAAAAGGGAGAUAAUUUUUUCAACUAUCUUUUCAGCAAAGUUGUUCCUAUUGAAGGUGAUUUAUUGAAGGAAGGAUUAGGAUUAUCAAAGCAAGAUUAUCAAACUAUCACAUAAGAAGCAAAUAUUGUUAUUAAUUGCGCUGCAUCUGUUGAUUUUAAUGCUAAAUUAGAGGAAGCAAUUAAUAUAAAUGUAAGAGGUUCUCUAAGAAUGAUGGAAUUAUCAAAACAAUGCCUUUAACUUGAAAAUUUCGUCCACGUUUCUACUUGUUAUGUCAAUAGUGAUAAACGUGGCUGGAUUGAAGAAGAUAUUUAUAAUACUGAAUAAAAUGCACGUUAAUUGAUGGAUGAUUUGAUGAAAAUGCCUCCUGCUGAAUUAGAACGUUAGACCAAAACAAUUUUAGGCAAUUACCCUAAUACUUACGUUUUCACAAAAAGUGCAGUCGAGCGUAUUAUCAAGGCUGAACGUCCUCCAAACAUGACCAUAACUAUAGUGCGUCCUUCUAUUAUCGGAGCAGCUGUAAGCGAACCUUGUGUCGGAUGGGUCGAAGGUGUAACUGCUGCCUCUGCUGUCUUCUUACUUUCUGGUAUUGGUAUGCUUAAGUAUAUCCAUGCUAAUCGUAAUGCUAUUGGUGAUGUUGUUCCUGUUGAUGUUGUUUCUGAUUAAAUUAUAGUUACUGGUGCCUUAUGCGCUAAUCUUAGAGAUUUAUCAGUAUUUAAUGCAUCUACUUCAAGUAGAAAUCCAAUGCUUUGGGAAGUUUCAGAAAGAAAUACCGUCUAAUAUUGGAGAGCUAAUCCUCCUGAGAAACGCUUGGGUAGUUGCGAAGCUUAACUUAUUAAAGAUGAAAGACAUCUCAGAUUUAAGCAAAUUAUGCGUCGUAUCCCAGCUCUAGCUUAUCUUAAAUUAUCUAAUUUCGUUGGCAGCGAAAACAUGAAGAAGAAUGCUAACCGCUACUUGAAGAUUAUUUACAAAGCUGAAUCAGUAAGCGCUACUUUUAGCCAUUUCGCUUCAAAUGAGUGGAUUUUCGAUAGCAGAAAAAUCGAAAAAAUGAUUGAUUAGUUGGAUGAAUAAGAAAAGAAUGCUUUCUAUUUGGAUGUAUCUGGUAUUAAUUGGGAUAACUACAUUUUAAUGUUUAACUGGGGUAUGCAUAGAUAUGUCCUCAAUGAAAAAGUUGAACCUCCUGUUUCAGACAAAAAUGAUAUUUUAAAAAUUAACAAUUAGGCAAAAUAUCCUUACUUCUCUGAUAUCAAUUGGGCACUUAGCUCUGGAAAACCAUUUAAGCCCCGUUCUUAUGAAGAGUAUAAAUCACUUUUAUUUAAUUCUUCAGCAGUUCAAGAUGCUAUCUCUUUAGUCAUCGAAUAAUAAACUAAAAAGCAAGGUUUUUCUUAAGGAUUAGUUGAAAACGUAAACAAAGAAGCUCAUGCUAUCAUUAAAGAAAUGAUUUCAAACUAUAAAAUGUCUACUUUGAGAAUGAUGGCAUGGUUUUUACACAAAGUCUUUAAAUAAAUCUAUGAAAAAGUAGUUAUUGACGAUGUCAAUCUUAAGGCUCUUGCUAAUCAUAAUGUUAAAAAAGAUGGACCUCUUAUUAUGAUUCCUACCCAUAGAUCCUAUAUUGAUUUCCUCCUCGUUUCUUAUAUUUUCUUUGCAUAUAAAAUGCAAUGUCCUCAUAUUGCUGCUGCAGAAGAUUUCUUGAAUGUUACUGUUGUUCAUCAUAUCCUCAGAGCCUGUGGUGCUUUCUUCACAAAACGUAAUCAAAAAGAAAAUCCUUUGUACAAAGCUAUUUUCUACGAAUACGUAUAAAGAUUAUUGAUGGAUGACUGUAUGCUUGAAUUCUUUGUUGAAGGAACAAGAUCUAGAAGUGGUAAAAUGCUCCAUCCCAAGUUUGGAAUAAUGGGUAUAGUAGCUGAUGCUGUCUUCGACUCUAAAAUUCCAGAUGCUAAAAUUGUUCCAAUUACUUUGAAUUAUGAUAAGGUCCUUGAAGGAGAUACUUUCCCUUAUGAAUUAUUAGGUGAGGAAAAGGUCAAAGAAUCCCUUCCUCGUUUAAUUAAAGCUAUUAAGACCCUUAGCAUGAAUUUUGGAAGAAUUCAUGUAAAUAUUUGUGAACCAAUGAGCAUUAAAUAAUAUUUAGCCACAAAUUAUCCUACAGCUGAUUUAACUAAUCGUGUUUAAAGAAAAAGUAUUAUUGAAGACCUUUCUUAUAAAAUUGAAUAUAAAUUAACUGAUGCUCUCGUCUGCAUGCCUACAGGUAUUGUUUCAGCUAUUAUGCUCUAAUCAAGAAAGGGUAUUACUGAAGAUAAACUUAUAAAUAAGGUACACUGGGUUAGCUAAAGAAUAGUUGAAAGAGGUGGUAUCCUUGCCUUUACCCCAGAUGUAUCAGGAUCUAUGAUUGCUACCAGAUCAUCUAUGAAUUUGCUUGAAGGUAUUUUGCUUAAGACAAAGAAGAAUGUUUUUGAACUGGAAGUUACUUCAGAUACCGAAUAUAAAAACGUCUUAAUGCUUUCAUAUUACCGUAAUUAAAUAGUUCAUCUUUUUAUAUUAGAAGCUAUUGUCUGUGUUGCACUUACUGCUUUUGGACCUAACGUUGCUUUCAAGGAAGGAGUUUCACUUGAAAGAAUAUGGGAAGAAUCAUCCUUCCUUAUAGAACUUUUCGAGCGUGAAUACGUUUUACCAAACGUCCCUAAAACACUUGAACAAUUCUCAAAAACUUUAUUAGCAAAGAUGAUUGAAUUAAAGGUUUUAAAGGUUAACGAAAGUGGUAAGAUUUGCAUUGUUGAUGAAAACCAAGUUUCUUUCUAUAACUCCCUCAUUUAUCCUCUUGUUGAGAGCUAUUGGUCAGUCCUUUUGAAUUUCUACACAUUAUCUCAAAGCAAGACUAAAUUUAUGCCAUUAAAGAAGUUCUUAUAACAAGCUUAAUGGUUUACUGAAAAUAUGCACGAUGAAAGAAUUAUCUAACAUCAUGAAAGCUGUUCUCUUGACACAAUUAAAAAUGCUAUUUAAAAAUACAAACAUUUCAAAUUAAUUCGUACAUAUACUGAUGCUGAUAAAUCUGGCGCAGAGGAGAACAUUCUUCUCUUAGUAAACGAAGAAAAGCUCAACGAACUUGAAACUCACAUAUAGAAAUUCUUAAAGAAAGGAUUCUCUUAAAGCGGAUCAGUUAGUGAUCUUGCUAAACGCACUUUACUUUCUGAGUAUCCAAUCUUAGCUAGAUUAUGA